AUGGCCUUCACAGGAGUUUCCGAGAAGCACAUUGUGUUUACAGAUGGAGAUUUGAUCAAGUACAAUCUGCAGCCUUCCCAGUUCCUGUCCGGGUUCCUGGUGGAACUAUUGGAGAGAGAGGAUUCUGGCCGGAGCGUGGUGCACACAUUCCCACACCUCACCAUCCAAGAGUUUGUAGCCGCACUCGCACAAUUCCUGACUCCAGAUCAUGGGCAUAUUCUGAAAUUCCUGACUGAAGCCCACAACACGACAGAUGGGAAAUUUGAUGUAUUUCUCCGUUUUGUUGCUGGUCUCUCCUCCCCAGGGUCAGCUCGGGCUCUGGAGGAGUUUCUGGGUCCAUUUCCUCAUCAAACAACCUGCCGAGUGAUUGACUGGGUGAAGCAGGAGUUUAAACGUCAUAGUGGAAACACAAGGAGUGAAGCUGGUAAAAGAAGACUCCUAAAUACACUGCACUACCUGUUUGAGUCUCAGAACCGUGGACUGACUCAGGCCGCACUGGGAUCUGUGGAAACACUUUCAUUGAGUGGAUUUCGACUGACCCCGAUUGACUGCGCCGUCCUGUCUCAUGUCAUUGGGCUCUGUGAUGCAAUAAACCACCUCGAUCUGUUGGGCUGCCACAUUCUGUUUGAAGGGGUACAGCGGCUAGGACCCGUGCUGCACAAAUGCCGAAGUUUGUGGCUGGACGAUAACUGUCUGACAGUUGCUUGUGUCGAAAAUCUCGCCCAAGCGCUCAGUGCAAACCGCUUACUGACGGAGCUGCACUUAGGUCAUAAUAAACUGGGAGAUUCGGGAGUGAAACUGGUGUCUGAGGCACUAAGGAACGCGGAGUGUAAAAUACAGAAACUGAGUCUGCAAGCUUCCGGUCUCACAGAUUCUUGCACCGAGAAUCUCGCCUGCGCUCUCAGUGAAGUUCGCUCACUGAAGGUCCUGGAGUUGGGAAACAACUCCCUUACAGACAGGUCUGUCCCCGCUCUCUGCCGUCUCAUGGGGACCUGCCGGAAUCUGGAGCGCAUCACAACCCAUAUCGCUGACUGGUUCGGGCUCUCUGGAACCAGAAGCGUAACCGACAUCACAAGCUACCCAAAGAGGGGAUACCGGGCUGAGACAGAUCGCUGGGGAUGGACGGACGGGAAGGACAUUACUCGGCAGGCAGGUUAUCGGACAGGAGGUGACACGGAAGGAAUGAGCCCAAUGGAAGUCGAUGUUCUCACAGAAACACAAAGGCUACAGAAUGGAAGGAAAUCUAUUCAACCCAACGAGGGCGCAUCGGCCACACCUGAAAAUAAGAGCAAUUUCCUGCGUGACCCUCUGGUCCGCUUGUUGUCCCCCACCCCCCACACUGACCGUACCCUGCCCUUGCCCCUACAACACCAUACUCAACCAGGGAGGCAGAAGUUGACGUGCACCUGCUUCAAACUCGAAAACUGCAGUUCUUGCUCUCAACGUGACCUCCAGAACAUCAGAGUGUCCAAGCGGAGUGCAGGCGACCGCUUUGCAGAACACCUGCGCCAAGUGGGCAACGGCCGCCUUGGGGGACCCGGCAUCUCCAGGGAUAUCGCGAGUGCAUUGUUCAAUAUGAACCAGGUGUCGGUCAAGAUUACUGAAACCAGUCAGGGCUACAUCGGAGUAUAA